AUGCUGAUCUAUGUACUUCUGCUUGUUAUACGUGUGUCGGCCUGUCCUCCCGGUUUCACUGAUGUCGGGUCUGGACAAUGUUUCAUCGCUUAUCCCGGAAAGAUUGGGUUUUGCGAUGGACAUAAAAAGUGCCACGACGAAGGAGUCAAACGGGGUCUCAAUAUGUUUCUGGUCGGUCGAUACUCCACAUUGCUGAGACCACACUUCCUUAACUAUUCUACCAUACAUACCGGCAUGCAUGAUCUGCUGUUUCCUUUCGGCUGGCCAAAGGUUGGUUGGCAGAUAAACGAUCCAGGUCAUUAUUCUCAGGUGACGGAUUCCAUUGAUUGGAUGAGAGGCCAGCCGCGCUUUGGCGACGGAGUUGUGAUUGUGUUUACCCCUCAAGGUUUCAAAACUGAAGUGCAACAUACCAUCCUGCGGACGCUGGUUUGUAGCACAUCGACUUACAAAUAUGCUGCAUCAACUGCCCCAACAGAAUUCAGGAUGAACUGGCCUGAAGUGGUGGAGGAUUUGUUCAUUCCGCAUGGGCAGUCCACUGGGUGUUUUGACAAACUGAAAACAGCCACUAUAAUACUGUGUGCAUCCAG